UCUUUUUACAAAGGAAUAUUUGGUAGUUGAACGUUUUAUUUCGGAUCAACCAAAAAAUUCCUAAUCAAAACAAAAACUCUCCACAGUCUCCAUAAUCACACUGUCUCCCUCCACUAACGGUUGCUUUUCCCCCCCACCCCACCGCCUCCAUUACUGCAAGAUUCCUUUCUCCCCUUCUAUUUCCCUGAACUGGGUUUUGAUUUUCUCCCAAAAAAGCUCCCAACUUGGGCGAUGGAAACCGUCGCCGGCGGUAAUUUCACCAAGUUGCAGCAGCAGCUGCAGCAGCAGAAGAAGCAAAAAUGGUUCCUCCUGCUAAUAGCCUCGCUUCUAAUCUCGACCCUUCUGAUCCUCCUCACAGUGACUUUUUCCUCGGGAGGGAAUAAUUCGGCCUCGACUACCCAGCUGCUGUUCCGCUCCUACCGCCGGCGGCAGCAGCAGGACCGGAGCUCCCCGCGAUUUGUGGAAUCGAAGUUGGCCAAGCCGGAGACUUCGGCGGGGAAACUGCCUCGCCUCGCUUAUCUGAUAUCUGGGUCGGCCGGGGACGGGGUGAAUCUGAAGAGGGCGCUGAAGGCUCUGUACCAUCCGAGGAAUCAGUACGUUGUGCAUCUGGACCUGGAGGCGCCGGUGGAGGAGAGGUUGGAGCUGAUCAGGUGGGUUAAAGAAGACGAGAAGGUUUUUCAGGAAGUGGGUAAUGUGAGGGCGGUGGUUAGGUCGAAUUUGGUUACCUAUCGAGGUCCGACCAUGGUCAGUAACACGCUUCAUGCUGCUGCUAUUCUGUUGAGGGAUGGUGGGGAGUGGGAUUGGUUCAUCAAUUUGAGUGCUUCUGAUUACCCUUUGGUCACUCAAGAUGGUUUAGAACUUGAAUCUCUGGAUUGUUUAAUGGGGCCUGUGACAGAUUUGCUGCACACAUUGUCUUCCAUCCCAAGGGACCUCAACUUCAUUGAGCAUACUAGCGACAUCGGCUGGAAAGAAGAUCAGAGAGCUAGGCCGGUGAUAAUUGACCCGGGGCUAUAUAGCCUGCAGAAAUCAGAUGUUUACUGGGUCACGGAGAAAAGGAGUGUCCCAACUGCCUAUAGACUCUUCACAGCAGGUUCAGCUUGGAUGAUGCUUUCUCGUCCUUUCGUCGAGUAUUCCCUGUGGGGAUGGGACAAUCUCCCCAGGAUAGUUCUAAUGUACUACGCGAACUUCCUCUCAUCUCCCGAGGGCUACUUCCACACGGUGAUCUGCAACGCGGAGGAGUUCAAGAACACUACUGUGAAUCAUGAUCUCCAUUUCAUCUCUUGGGACAACCCUCCUAAGCAACACCCUCAUUUCCUCACUGCGGAAGAUUACCAGAGGAUGGUCGACAGCAAUGCACCUUUUGCCAGGAAGUUUGGGAAGAACGAUCCGGUUCUUGACAGGAUCGACUCGGAGUUGCUGGGGGUAAGUGCUGAUGGGUUUGUCCAUGGUGGGUGGUUCAGUAAAACUGUCAAGGCUAACUCGACCGAGCUUAAGCCUGGCAAUGGAGCUCGACGGGUCAAGAAUCUGAUUUCGGGGCUUCUGUCUGCUGAAGGUUUUCGUACUUCACACUGCAUCUGAUUAGGAUCUCUAUACUUAUAUAUAGGUUUUUGUAGGUCAUUAGCUAUUAGGUGGAUUGUUCUUAGUUGAGUGCAUUAUGUGGUUUGUGGAACAAUCUAUUGAGUGUAAUGAUUUAAGGCAUAAUAAUAGAGAUAUAAUAACAAAGUUGUGAUAAGCUCCAAUUAGCUUAAUCGAUCUCGAUAUCUCAAACACCGAUGAAAUACUAUUUCACUGGAUGCAACAGCCAUAGUGAUAAAUUUCUUAGUAAAAAAUGCAUAAAUUUUUGCGUUUUGUAUAGU